GACGGCGCCACAUUUUAGAUUUGGUUAUGCUCCAACUAUUUACACUGACCGAAACUACUGUUCUAAAAAUAAAUUACUUUCUCUGAUUCGAAAUAUAAUGCAGAUUCUUCGACCCUAACCAUGGUUACAUUUUAUUCAACCCUAUCUAGCCCUGAUCACGAUCCUGAUAAUUGUAACACGUAUCAAAUGGGUCUUGUAUGCGUUUCUAUUGUUGAAUAAAGUAGAGCUUCGUCGAAUUUAAUGAUUGCUCGUUAUAACAAUGAAUAAAUGUGAAUAAAGGAAUUGGUUUUCAAGUGCCCUUGACCGUUUUAACGUAGACACUGUAGUGUAGACAGUACUGUUAGUCGGUCUAACAUUCAACAUGGCCACCUGAUAUGUAGCAGACGAUACAGGUGGUAUGAAAAAUUGUAAAUAAAAUUCAGUUUUAUCCUUAAUUAUGAGUGGACGUGUGCAGAAAGAAAGUGGUGAUGAUUCUGAUCGUGUUGACGACGCGGUGGACCCUAGGGUGCAGAUCGAACUUGAAAGAUUGAAUACUGCUACUGAUGAUAUUAACAAACUCGAGGUUGAUUUGGAUGAAGCAAGAGCCACUUUUAGAGAAUUGCUUUGUGAGUCCACGUUAAAGAUUGACACGUUAGCUAAGAAGCUUGGCACAUGUAUAGAAAAAUCUAGGCCAUAUUACGAUGCCAGGUUCAAGGCGAAAGAAGCUCUACUUGAAACACAAAAAGCUGCAGUUAGAUUCGAAAGAGCGAACAGUCAGCAUGCAGCAGCCAAAGAGAUGGUUUAUCUAGCCGAAGAAGGAUUGAGAACAGAAGGGAGAUGUUUUGACCAUGCCUGGCAGGAAAUGUUGAAUCAUGCAACAGCCAGAGUUAAUGAAUCGGAACAUGAGAGAGCCCUGUCAGAAGCAGAGCACAGACACACGACUGCUUUGUAUCAUAAAGCAGAACACGAAGUUCAGAGAUUGCAACGCGAAUUGAAACGUGCAAUUGCUAAGUCUAGUAUGGGUGCACGUCGCAGCUUGCUUCUGAUAAACAGUAUCGCCUACAGGCACAACUUGCUCAUGUUACCCUACUACGAAAUGAAAGCCUAUUUCAACCAAAUGUUGGAGGAACAGAAACUGAGAGUAAGCGCUUUAGAGAGAUCAGUGGGCGAAGCUAAAAUGACUUACGCUGAAGCGCUGAGAAACUUAGAGAAAAUCAGUGAUGAAAUUCAUAGGACUAGAAAGUACGAUGGAACAGAUGACUUUGAUAAGGAUUCGAGAGAUGUCGUCGAUCAAUCAUCUUUGCAACCGAAUACAGCCACUCCAACAGAUUCAAGCGUUACUGGAUCUCCCGAUAGCACAGAUUAUACCAGCGACGAAUACUUACGGCUUCCUGAUAAAAUGAGUCCUAGUACACCAUGUCCUGUGCCUACAAGAAUCGACGGAGAGCCUUCUUCCGAGUAUUUAGGCCUAAGCAACUUGAAUCUUUCAUCCACGGAGCCUCGGAAGUAUAUAAAACGAGACCGUCCAAAGAGUAUCGCGGCAACUGACACGAAACAUAUCAGAACUCUGAAUCAAACGAGUUCUUCGACCUCGCGACUAUCGGACCUAUCGAGCAUCCUGUCUCCCAUAGAGAAAAGAGUUAAAAUACAAACACCGGUAGAUCCUCAAACCUCGAAUGUCGCUGUACAGAACGGAGAGGAAUGGACGGAGAUAAGCUUAAACAAUUCUCCUGACGAGGUGUACUAUAACAAUGAAGUGUACUCCGACGAAGAGGAUCAAAUUCCUUACAAACCGUUGCCUAUGGACCUGACUCCAGACGGUAACAAUCCGCUUACUAACGGCGCGAGUGUGCAGCCAGUCGAGACGACUAGUAAAAGAAAAUUGGUAACUCAGAAGUCAUUGCCAGCUAUGUUGAAAGGGAACGAAGUUAGUUUGAGCAGCGAGAAGGCGGAAGUAACGAGAAGUCCGUCGGUGAAAAGUAAAAGCAAAUUGGACACGAGUCUAACUAAUUGGAUAACUAGGAGUUCGGUCGCAGGCGAAACCAGCGGAGGCAGUUCGACGAGCUCGAGCAGAAGGCAGUCUCUCGAUAUGUUGUGGAGUGCUGGAACAGGCGAACGGGUGAAGGAAUUACUUAAUCACGGAAUGAUGAUGCUGAAUAUAUCUAGCCUCACGGACAGACGUUCGAACGAGCCAAAAAUAGGAGAGAGAGACAAGGAGAAGUCUGAGAAAUCCGAGAAGCUCGAAGGGAAAGGGAAAAAAGUUCCCAGUCCACUAGAAAAAACGAUGACCUAUCUCAAUCCUGACGAGGAAACGUCUGAUAGCGAAAGUUUGGCAAGCGUCGAGAUGCUGACGGAAGAUCAGAUUUCUUCGCUUAUGAUGGAACCGGAUGUGAAUCAGGUGUGUCAAGAAAUUUUAGGAACACCUUUGGUCGAGGUAUGCCCGCUGUUGCAACAACUGCAGCAGCAGCAAUAGCAUCUAUCAUCUUGACGUUACUGAUCUGAUGGAAUCGAGCAGAUGCAACAAUAGAAAGUGUUCAAAACUCAUGCUAAACGAACAAACUAGCUAAGGGGUAGCUUUAUUUGUCAUUGAAUUUAGCGUUCAAUUAGUUCCUGCACUUUUAUUAGGCGUAUACGUGUGGAAAAAGAUUUCAUUUUCGAACGUGAAACUUUUUCUGCGAAUCUAGCUUAAAUUUAUUACUAUAAGUAUUGUGGAAGACUUAAUCAGUGAGACGAGCAAUACGUAGCGACUUUUUAGAUAAUUAAUACUACUUAUUAGAGAAUCAUUUUUUCAUGCCCCGUUGUCGUAUGCUAGACAGUUUAUCAUCGAUUAUUAUUUAAAAAAACAUCUUUUUCCUGUCUGUGUUAAGAGAGUACAAUUCUAUAAGCAAUUCAUUUUUUAUAUUGCCGAAUACGUCAAGCCGAAAAUUCUUAAUAUAUAGUGAUUCUAAUGUUACGCUAUCCUCCCGAACUGCUGAGUAGACUUUUUUUUAGAUAGAACAGGAGUGGUUUUAAAUAAAAAGUUGGUCGGCUUUGGCGAUCAUGCUAUUCCACAUACCAA